AUGAAUGUGCUUCCUGCCCAACCCGUUGGGAUACAGAGUACUGCAGGUGCUGUGCCCAUCCGAAAUGAAAAAGGAGAGAUUUCUAUGCAAAAGGUGAAAGUUCAGAGGUAUAUAUCGGGUAAAAAGCCAGAUUAUGCUCAAGGAGUGUCAUCAUCAGAAGAUUCUGACACUGAGGACUUCAUUGAGCAGCAGAAGCCAGAUCGGAGGCAGCAGACUCUACCCCAAGUUAUCACCAGAAAAGAAGAACAAUUGAGUGAUUCUGGAAAAGAGGUUGACGACCCGCGUCUCCGUCGUUUGCGCCAAGCUGCUCAAUCACCACCAAGGCGUGCUGAACAUAAGCCAGAGAUUAUUGAUGCAGAGCCCGAGGUAGAGUCGGAGAGCAGUGUUGAAGAAGCCAGGGACAGUUCAGAGAGUGAAGAUGAACUCGACGAGGAUGAAAUUGAGAGACGCCGGCAGGCUCUUAAAGCAAAACUUGCAGCCAGGGAAGCAGAAAAAGAGGUUCUUGGUAGGGAUGACGAUGAGGAAAUGAUGGAUGGUGAUAAAGAGGAAAGUGGAUCAUCAGAUACAGAAUACACAGACAGUGAAGAAGACACAGGGCCCAGAGUAAAGCCAGUGUUCGUAAGAGCUUCAGAUAGGAUGACAGUGCAAGAACGCGAGCGUAAAGUCAAGCAGCAGAAGAAAGAAGAAGCAGAAACAAGGAAGGAGAAAGAAGAAAGACGUAGAGAAGCAUUAAAACUUGUUGAGGAAACUAUUAGGUCGGAGCAAAGGAAUACGCAGGGUGAGCAAAAGGAAGGUAAUAUCAACGAUGUUUGCACUGAUGACGAAAAUGAUGAAUUGGAGUACGAAGCAUGGAAGUUGCGUGAAAUGAAGCGUAUUAAAAGGGACAAGGAAGAAAGAGAGGCUGUUGAGAAAGAAUUGUUGGCUAUCGAGCGCAUGCGCAACAUGACCGAAGAGGAACGCCGGGUGGAACAGCGUCUCAAUCCCAAGCUGGUUACCAACAAGUCCGUUAAGGGCAAGUACAAGUUCCUACAGAAAUAUUAUCACAGGGGUGCCUUCUAUUUGGACAAAGAAGAGGAAGUGUUCAAACAAGACUUCUCUGGUCCAACUUUGGAUGAUCACUUCGAUAAGACUGUUUUACCGAAGGUAAUGCAAGUAAAGAAGUUCGGUCGCUCUGGCCGCACGAAGUACACGCAUUUGGUUGACCAGGACACAACGGAGUUCGACUCAGCUUGGAGCAACGAAGGUACAGCUGCAAGACUGGCCAAUUUCAGAGGCGGAAUGAAGCAAGUCUUUGACAAACCUUCGGCCAAGAGGAAGCAUAACGUGUGAUGUUUAAUACUCAGACUGUUUGCUCUGUAUUGUAAAUAGUAGUUAAGUUUGUUGUAAGUUUUGAGAGAAAUAAAGUGUGUAUGUUGA